GCCCCAGCUGGGGGACAAUGGCUGGCACAUUUGGCAGUUAAUAGCGGGCACAGGAUGAACAUAUCGCAGCUGUUGCAGUCGUAUCAUGAUCUGUCCGGAGAGCAGAUGAAUCACAUCAAUGAGUACGUGGCACAAGCCCUGCUGCAUGUGGUCCACAGCUAUAUAAUGAGCGUGACGCCGUCGCUGGUGCUGACCCUCUGCUGCCGCAACAAUCACACGUGCAACUUCUACAACGAGAUGAUGAGCAUACUCUUUCGCAGCUGGGGCAUAGCACCGCUUCAGAUUGUCAUUGUGCAAGAGGGAAUGCUGCGCCGGCUUAUCCCUGGUCGCAGGCACUACAAUCUCAUAUUCACGGACUCGUAUGCGGCCUUUGCAGAGAUCGAGCUGGAGUCCUAUUCCCGUGACUACAACUACAACGAGUACUAUUACAUCUUUCUGCAGGCGCGCGAUCGUCUGCUGUUCGGCGAGAUGCGCCGCAUAUUUGCGCACUGCUGGCGCCACCAGCUCAUCAAUUGCAACGUCCAGGUGCAGAGGGCCAACGGGGAGAUCCUGUUGUACACGUAUCUGCCGUUUGGUCCGCGGAGCUGUGCUGAUAUGAGUCCACAGCUGAUCAAUCGCUACAAUGGCAGCCACAUGCUCCAUCCCCAGAUCUUUCCCCGCAAACUGAGCAACUUCUUUGGUUGCCCUCUGCGUGCCGCACUCUGGCAUAUGCCGCCGUUCCUCUAGCUGGAGGCCAAAGCGGGAUCCGAUGCGCGCAUCGCUGGCGGCCUUGAGGGGCGCCUCUUGCAAACGCUCAUCCAGAGACUCAACCUGACCAUCCAGGUGCGCGAGCCGCCGCCUGGACCGGGACUGUUGGGCAAUAGAAUGCUGCAGAUGUUGCAACGUGGUGAGGCGGAUCUGUGUGUGGGCGGCAUUCGUCAGACGGUGGCACACAGCCUGUUGGCCACAUCGACCCACAACUAUCACCAGACAAGCGUCCGGUUCGGCGUUUUGGGCAUCACAUAUGAGCUGAGCUCCCUGGACAUUCUGCUCUAUCCAUAUCCAACUACGAUUUGGCUAGCCAUUGGCCUUGUGCUCGCACUCUCGCUUCUGCUGCACCUGGCAAUGGACCGGUUACUGCUGCUUAGGGAGCAGGGCUCCAUCUGGCUCAAUUUGGAGCUGAUCUUCGUGGGCAUGCCCAUGCUGCAGACGCCGCGUUCAAUCGCCAAGCGUGUGCACUGCGUCAUGCUGAUGCUCUACACAUUACUCAUACGCACCAUAUACCAGGGGCUGCUCUACCAUCUGAUACGCACGCAGCAGCUGAAUCGGCUGCCGCAGUCCAUCGAGGAGCUGGCGACCCACAACUAUACAGUUGUCCUCUCGGCUGGCAUUUACGAUGUGCUCGCCGAGAUACCCACCGUGCAGCAGUUGCGAUUCCGCAUGCUCGAAGGCGACGGCACCCUGCUGCAGCCCCUGCAUUACCUAGCGGAGCGUCCACGAGACAAACGGCAAGUGGCCGCCACUAUGCUGGAAAUCUUUCUGAUGUACAAUCGCCUUAGUGAACAAGUUCAACAGCAGCAGGCGGGGAAUCAUUUCGAGCUGAUACCACAGGAUGUGAUCGACCUGCAGCUGACCAUGUACCUCAGGAAGCACUCCUUUCUGAUCGAUGAGCUCAACGAGGAGAUCAUGUGGAUGCGCUCCGUGGGACUGCUGGCGAUUUGGGCACGCUGGGAGCUGGACGAGAGCUUGAGAGCUAUGCAGGCGAGCGGCUAUCGAAUGUUGGGCCUGCAGGAGCUGCAUGUGAUAUUUGUCCUGGUUCUGAUCGGACUGUUGUUCAGCUCGCUUCUCUUUUGCCUAGAACUGCUUUCCCUACGCUCUGCGCGACUUCAGCGCUGGUUUCUAUCUAAAUAA